AUGUACGCCCCAUCUUCCAUCUCAUAUAUCAAAGCUGAGAACGCAAAAUUUCGCUCUCCGUACCUCCCUGUCGCGGUCUUCGUCGGUGGAACCAGUGGAAUAGGUCGAGCAAUCGCUGAGGCAUUCGCUCGGCAUACCAAAGGCAACGCCCACAUCAUUAUCGUCGGUCGAAACCGCGCAGCAGCUGAAUCUAUCAUCGCCUCGUUCCCUUACCCUACAACCGAGCCCCUUUCUGUUCAACCUAAACACGAGUUUAUUCAAUGCGAUGUUUCGCUAUUGAAGAACGUUCGCCAAGUUGCGAAAGACAUCCUUGCUCGACAUGAUAAGAUUAACUUCCUCGUGCUCUCUCCCGGUGUGUUGAGCUUCGCCAGAGAUGAUAUCACUGAGGAUGGUGUAGAGCGCAGUGCGGCGUUGGUUUAUUAUUCUCGAUGGAAGUUUAUCUAUGAUCUUACUCCGGCAUUGACAAAGGCCCGGGAAGAGAACGAGGAUGCGAAGGUGCUCUCAGUGUUGUCAGCUGGAAAUGGCGGAAAGAUUGAUUUGGGUGACUUGCCUUUGAAGAAGGCAUCCACCAUUACUGCAAUAAAGUCAAUGAUGACUUACAACGAUAUCAUGAUGGAUGGUUUUGCCUCCCGCUUUCCCUCAGUCUCCUUCGUUCAUUGUUACCCCGGAUACGUUCGCACACCCAUAGGAUCAAACUCCCCCUCCUUCCUCAUCCGAACCCUCUCUUUCAUCACCAACUCCUCAUUCAGUCCUUUAUUCUACCUCGCAAUGUCACCCGAGGAUUGUGGAGAAUAUCAACUGUACGGGAUUCUGUAUACUGCAUCGACACCGGGUGCUUGGAGGAUUGGGAAAUAUGGGAAUCAUAUCGGGAAGAAGGGAUAUUACGGAGACGAUAAUGCGAGAGAUGUUCUGUGGGAGUAUACCCUUGAAGUUACGGGUUCCAAGUGA